AUCGAUCAUCAAAUUCUUUUUUUUCCAGGGCACCCGUUUGAUUCCGUGUGAUUUCAUCGCCCCGGUACUGACCCACAACCCAGUCAUGGACGGUGGCAUGCACAAGAUCCUGUUGGCCAACUAUCUUGCCCAGACGGAGGCUCUCAUGAUGGGCAAAACCGAGCAGCAGGCGCGUGCCGAGCUGGAAAAAUCCGGCUUGUCCGGAGGCAAGCUGGAACAGUUGCUACCUCACAAGGUGUUCACCGGAAACCGCCCGACCAACUCGAUCCUGGUCAAGAAAAUUACCCCAUUCGUGCUGGGCGCGCUGAUUGCCAUGUACGAGCACAAAAUCUUCACCCAGGGCGUCAUCUGGGACGUCAACUCGUUCGAUCAGUGGGGCGUUGAGUUGGGCAAAGCCCUGGCCAAGGCCAUCGAGGUCGAUCUGGCCGAUCCCAACAAAACUACCUCACACGAUUCCUCUACGAAUGGCCUGAUCAACUUUAUCAAAACACACUGGGAAUAAAAUGGAUAGAUGGAAGUAUUCCACUGUUAAGCUGUAGCUGUUAUCAAACCUAUAAAACUCACAUCUCAAAAAGUACACAUAUUAUAUGGUUAAUGUUAUGCUGAGAUAUGUAUUUCUUUAAAUUAUUACCAAACGUACGUACGUUUUAGGGCAAAAACAAUACUGAACGCUAAAACUAAUUAUAAAAAUAGACCUACCAAGGCAUAUAAAUCUCUCUAAAUUGCUAAGAAAGUAGCACGUCGUGCAAGCAAAAUUUGGUGCAAUUACUUAUAAUCGUACAUGCAAAAAAAACCUUUGAAAAGAUGCUUUCAGAAUAAAAAAAACACUGUCGUUUAAGAACCUAGUUA